AUGCCUGACACGGUGCUGGCUUCAGCGCCCUCACGUCCGGCUACACCUUUCACAAGCCCAACCCCGCGUUCCCACAGCAUGCAACCCCUCGACGACCACCUACUCACACCCCGCAAGGAGAUAUCGGACAAACGCCGAAGAACAGAUGGGAACCAGUCCCCCCCUCUGUCCAGGCCUACGAGCCGUGCCGACUCUGCCCACGACACCUUCUUUUCACAGCCAGCUGACUUCACCCCACUAGGACACAUCGUAGGCAUCCGCAUCAAGAGUGGGGGCUCCAUCCCGGGGUACCCUGCUGACGAAUGGGCUCGCGACUGCACCCAAAUGCUUGGGCUCAUCGCGGAAGGUGCGCGUGCCACCUCCCAAAGAAUAACUGACCCGGACAGCGAUCUCGACACCAUGCAACACAUCUUCAAUGUAUAUGACGGCCUCCGCACCUGCGCUGAGGCGCUCUCGUUCUUAGUGCCCGAAGAGACACUGGAGUAUAUAGGCCCGCUCCCCCCUCUCGACAAAGGCGCGCGCGCGCGACGUGCAGACACACACUCCAGUUCCGCCGAAACCACCACAGGGGAAAUCAAGGAUCUGAUUAAGGGGUUGGAAUCGUCACUAUCCCUCCGUAUCGCUAACAUAGAACGACAAGUCCGAGGACAAAACAACCCCCAGCCUCGCCACCCUCCCCAAAUAUCCACCAGCCCAAACGCAGUAGCCCCCUCCCAAUCCCUCCACAGCACAGCAUCAUACGCCACGGCCACGGCUAAUGGUGCACAGAAGACCCCCCCCGCCCCCAGUGCAACUAAACCCUCUACCCGACCCCACACCAACGUAAAAUUCAUCGUCCGAUUCCAAGGUCGACUCCCGCCAGACACUGCCCGGAAAACCCCUCUCCUGAUGUCCACCGCGCUCAACUACGCGUUCGGAAACUCGAUUACUGCGCGCGAGGCAAAUCUCACCAUCCUGGGUGCAGAAUGGAAUCGUACUGGCAACAUCAACCUCGUAUUCCCCGCCAACACGCGCCCUAGCGUUGUCCACAGCCACCUUGGCAUCAUUCGACCCAUUGUUGACCACGGCGUCAAAGAUGUCUGCAUAUCCCACGAUACAAAGUGGUCCAAGCUUGUCUGCUCUCGCGUGCCAGCCCACGACCCAGAAGGACAACCCUGGGAACCAGUCGCGCUGGGGGUUAUGCUUCGCCGCAACCCCAUUCUCAAGAAUACUCAGUUCACGCAAGAGCCCCGCUUCGUUACAAACCCGAUCGAAGGUCUGCCCACCCAAUCGCCUAUUGUCUUCGCCUUCGAAGACCCUGACGGUACUCGUGCUCGUGCGAUCAUGAAGACUCCCAUCUAUAUGGGCGGCGUCCUCUGCCCGACUCGACUAUGGAAGGAAAAACCAAAGUUCCUUCAAUGCGACCGUUGUCAAGGUCUUGGCCAUCCAACAAGAACAUGCACCAAGCCUUUUGUUUGCGCCAAAUGUGCCCAACGUCACAAAACCACUGACCACCAUUUGAACUGCAGCUCUAUUUUAGGUGGUGGCAGUACAAGCUGUCGCUGCUCUCUUCGCUGUGCUAAUUGCGACGGUGAACACUGGGCUACAGAUCAGAGCUGUCCUGAGAAGCGCAAAUUCUCCACGGCCCCAAAACUUCAGCCAUCUCCAGAUGUUCCGCCACCGACUGCUUCUAACCGACCUGCCCAACCAACCCCCAUGAACAUGGACCUAUGA